GCUUAGGCUCUUGGGAGUUGUAGUACUAAUCCACUCAGGGUUGGAACCAUGGCGGUGGCCAAGGAGCUCUUACAGAUGGACCUGUACGCGUUAUUAGGUAUCGAGGAGGAGGCGACGGACAAAGAGAUGAAGAAGGCAUAUAGGCAGAAGGCCCUCUCCUGCCACCCAGACAAAAAUCCGGAUAAUCCCAGAGCAGCUGAACUCUUCCAUCAGCUUUCUCAGGCCUUGGAGGUACUGACCGAUGCUGCCGCCAGGGCUGCAUAUGACAAGGUCAGGAAAGCCAGGAAGCAGGCAGCAGAGAGGACCCAGAAACUUGAUGAGAGAAGGAAGAAAGUGAAGCUUGACCUGGAGGCCCGGGAGCGGCAGGCCCAGGCCCACGGCAGCGACGAGGAGGAGGAGGAGGAGAGCCGGAGCACCGGGACACUAGAGCAAGAGAUCAGACGCCUGCGAGAAGAGGGUUCCCGGCAGCUGGAGGAGCAGCAGAGGGUGAUCCAGGAGCAGAUACGCCAGGAACGGGAACAGAGGUUGAGAGGAAUGGCAGAAAAUCCUGAAAGCAAAGGAACCCCCAAGCUAAAGGUGAGCCCUGCGGAUCUACAGGCCACCUCACACCAUCUCCUCUCAGCAGAACAGAUGAUUCCAUGGGCACAGCUCAAGUGGAAGAGCAAGAAGGAGGCCAAGUCACAAGGCGGCUAUUCCAGAGAUGUCCUCCUGCGGCUUUUUCAAAAGUACGGAGAGGUGCUCAACCUGGUACUGUCCAGUAAGAAGGCAGGCACCGCCGUGGUGGAGUUUGCAACCAUCAAGGCUGCGGAGCUGGCUGUCCAGAAUGAAGUGGGCCUAGUCGAUAACCCCCUGAAGAUUUCCUGGUUGGAGGGACGGCCCCAGAGCACAAUGGGCCCUAACCACCCAGGACUGUCCCAGAUAGCCUCAGGGCAGGAAAGGACAUCUGAGAGCCAGGGUCCUGCGUUCCUGUGGGGCUGCCUGGGCCUCACUUGGGGUCCCGCCUCUGGGGAAGGCGCUGGGCCAAGCCUAGGAGGGUUCGGUGCGGUCUGAGAGGGACUAUGAGAGCCUCGUCAUGAUGCGCAUGCGCCAGGCAGCUGAGAGGCAGCAGCUGAUCGCCCAGAUGCAGCAGGAGGACCAGGCUGGGCAGCCCACGUAGCCUCCUGCCUCCAGCCCUCCCAUCCCACAGCCCUUUUC